AUGGAAAAGCUGAAACAACUCACCAACCACCGGCAGAACUGCCGCUGUCGAGAUCUCUGGUUCGGGUGGCAUGACUUCCUUGCACCACCUCCACGGCGUCACCACACGAUCCAUCUUGGAUUGAUGCCCGAUGCAGACCAUCGGAGAAAGCAGCUUUACCUCCUACAAAUGAGAAUUGACUGUCACAUAUGUCACUUUUCUAUCUUGACCAAAACUCACCUUGAGGUCCGCCUGCCUGACGCAGUCCAAGAACAGCGUUGCCCUGACAAACGUCACGCGACGCCUGUAGCUGCUGGCGCCCCUCACCUCCUUGCCACAGACGUCCCGACACAGGAACGCCCCACCUUCCGGACCUCAGUUGGCCCCAGCAACUGCAACCCCAACGAACAGCAGAACCAGCAACCUCAGGAACGCCAUCUAUCCCCAACAGCACAAAGUCACUCAGCAGUCAAACAAUUUGCGAAACAAUGUUUGAGGCCACCAGCUCCAGGAGACCCAUCAACUUUUGUCGACUUUUUGGAACAGGAAGUUGUUAACGACGCAGCGGCGUCCGUUACGAAAAUCAUUAAAUUACAGAUACGGAUACGGAAGGCGUUAAGUGGAUCUGAAUCUCAAUCUGACGGCCUGAAAAGACGACGACGAAAAGAAAAUUUCAUCAAAAGAAUGGAGAAACUGUUGACUGGAAAUCAAACCACCUCGUUGAGAAGUGGACACAAAACAGUGUGUCCCUGCAAUUCCCAAAACAUUCCUAGCAAAUGUUGCGCUGCCAAAUCGUUUGGGAUGAAGAGAGUGAUCCACAGCAAAUGUCAAGUUGAACCGUUGUAA